AUGUCCGGAGCCGUAUUCGUUAACUUAAAAAAGGCUUUUGAUGUAGUUAAUCAUCCAAGACAUUGUGAUCUGAUAAAAAACAUGGGAAUAAGAGCUUUAGAUUUACAAAAUGUAGAUAAGGUUAAGUACUUAAGAAUGAUAAUUGACGAAAAUCUGAGAUGGGACUACCAGAUAAAAAUCCUGAAGCAAACGCUCAUCCCUAUAAAAUGUUCUAGCGAUGCUCGUGAAAAUUGUACAGCUAGUAUUUAUGGAGAAACAAGAGAUCAGGAUGUAUGGCCAGUACAAUGUGUAACUGGAAAUUAUCAAUCUCCAAUUGAUAUUCCACCAAAGGUCAGAUCGACUUCUGCAGUAAUAACGUAUCAUAAAUUUGAUCAAAAAUUAGAAGAAGUGACAUUAGUACAUCAAGAUUACCUCCGUAAACAACUUCCAAUACAACAAUUUGAUUUACAUUGGGGUUCAUCUGAACAUUCAGUUGGUGGUAAAUUUUAUGAUGGUGAAAUUCAUUUAUAUGGCAAAGAUUCUAAUAAACGCGUCCAUGUUAUUCUUACUGCCUUCCUUAAGAAAGCUGAUAAUGUUAAUAACACGCUCACUAGAGUUAUUAAACUAGCUGACGAAAUUAAACAACCAGAUCAACGUGUCACAGGUCAUUUUCCAGAAGCAGAAGAUUUUUAUUCUUUCCUUGAAGUUGAAGACAAAGAGGCAUAUUUUUAUUACGAAGAGGGUUCCCGAACUUAUCCAGAUUGUAGACCAAACAUUGCAUAUAUAAUAUAUAAUGGUUACAUUGAAGUUGAAAGUCAAGCGAUGGAAAAUUUAAAAAAUCUUAAAGAUAGCAAAGGCAGAUUGCUAACUUGUACCUAUAGAAGUAUUCAGCCAUUGAACGGCAGAACCGUUAGAAAGAAAUAUCCAGGACAUUGAAAUAAAAAUUUUG